ACUAUUCAUUAAUCAUGUAAAAUUUCCAAAAAUAUUUAUUCUUAAUAAAUUUACGGUAAAUCUAAUCCCAAAAACCAGGUCUCUUCAUUAAAUAUUAUAUAUUUUUGAGAAAUGUCAAGAGAAUUAGAUUUGAAAUCGGAAAAAUCAAUUGAGGAUCUUAAAAAAUUAUCUAAAGAAGAACUCAUCAUUAAAAUACUAGAGCUUGAGAAACUAAGAAUCAAUAAAAAUGAAUUAGUAAAUGAAGGCAAAAAGAUCAAACGAGUUUUUGAUUUUACUAAAUGCCAAAAGAGACAUGUGGCUUUUAAAUUAUUGUAUUUAGGAUGGGAUUACCAAGGGUUCGCUAAACAAGAUGACACAGAAAAGACUAUAGAACAUGAAUUAUUUCAUGCUUUAACCAAAUGCUGCUUGAUUGAAAGUCGUCAGACAUCUAAUUACCAUAGGUGCGGCCGAACUGAUAAAGGAGUCAGCUCAUUUAGCCAAGUUAUAUCUUUGACAGUACGAAGUAAUGGUAAUAACAGUAAAGAGCUUAAUUACUGCAAAAUGCUCAACAGAUUACUGCCAAAAGAUAUACGUGUGAUAGCUUGGAGUCCAGUAAUAGACAACUUUAGUGCAAGGUUUGAUUGUACUUCUAGAACAUAUAAAUACUGGUUUCCUCGUGGUAAUCUUGACAUAGAUAUAAUGAAUAAUGCCGUACAGCAUGUGGUGGGUACACAUGAUUUUCGUAAUUUAUGUAAAAUGGAUGUCGCCAAUGGUGUUACUAAUUUCACGAGACGUAUAAUCAGCGCUAAUGUUAAAUUAUGCUCCAAUAAUGAUCAGUUUUCAAAAAGUAGAGGUUACGAUAUGUGUGAGUUAACAAUUGUAGGACAAGCAUUUUUGUGGCACCAAAUUCGAUGUAUAGUUGCAGUACUCGUAUUGAUUGGGCAACAUAAAGAAAAUGAAUGUGUAAUAACAAAUUUAUUAAAUAUUGAUAAUUGUCCAAGGAAACCUCAGUACUCUUUAGCUAGUGAUUUGCCUUUAAAUUUAUUUUAUUGUCAAUUUGAAAACGUUAAUUGGAUUAUUGAUAAUGAAUCUGUAACAGAAGUGAUUUCUACAUUGCAGCAUAAUUGGGCUUCCCACAUGAUAAAAACGACUAUGCUGGGUGAAAUGUUAAAAAAUAUUGAAGAUCUAGUUCCUGACUCUAUUAACAAACAAAGUGAUUGCUUAUUACAAGGUGUAAAAUCUAAAAUAUACCAACCUCUUAUGAAGCGGCCUGCUAGUGAGAGUUUAGAAAACAGAAUCAAACAUUAUACAAAAAAAGGAAGGCUUAAAAUCGAGAACAAUGAAAAAAAUUAAAAAGUUUUUUUUUUAAAUUAUA